AUUGCAGUCUCCCCAAAGAUUGUGGAGACUUUUGUAGUGUGGAUUCAUAUUUACUGCAUUACUAUUUUCCCUACAAGAUGAAUAAAAACAAAAAGGACCACGCCAGUGACAGAAGAUACACCCUUUUCUCUGAAGUUGGCACUGGGGUCUCCGCCAACACCAUGCUUCUUCUCUUCCACAUCCUCACGUUUUUUCUCCAGCACAGACCCAAGCCCUUGGACCUGACCGUUGGCCUCUUGGCCCUCAUCCACCUAGUGAUGCUGCUAAUCAUGGGCUUCCUCAUCACAGACAUUUUCUGCCCAUGGGGUUUCUGGAAUGACGUCAUGUAUAAAUCGGUUUUCUACUUGUACCGCAUCCUGCAGGGUCUCUCCCUGUGCACCACCUGCCUGCUGAGUGUCCUCCAGGCCAUCACCCUCAGCCCCAGGAGCUCCUACUUGGCAAAGAUCAAGCACACACCCUCACAUCACAACCAUGGUGGGUUUCUCUUCCUAUCGAUCUUCAAUUUGUCUGUUAGUACUCAUUUCUUAAUCUCCUCUGUUGCUACCACAAAUCAUACGUCCAACAGUCUUAUGUUUGUCACUAAAUCCUGCUCUCUCUGGCCCCUGAGCUACUUUCCCAGGUACACAUUUUUCAUCUUGUGGAUCUUAAGGGAUGUCUCCCUUACAGGGCUCAUGGCCAUCUCAAGUGGGCACAUGGUGAGUCUCCUGUGCAGGCACAAGAGGCGGUCCCAGCACGUUCACAGCACCAGCCUCUCUCCAAGAGCCUCCCCAGAGCACAGGGCCACCUGCACCAUCCUGCUGCUCAUGAGCGUCUUUGUGCUCCUUUACCUGUUGGACUGCAUUGUGUCUCAUUCUCAGGGCUGUUGGAAGAGUUACCCAGUGCGCCUGUGUGUCCAACUGUUGGUGGGCAACGGCUACACAAUGAUUGGACCUUUUGUACUAAUAAGUGGUGAGAAACAAAUCAUCAAGUUUUUCAAAUCUAUGGGGGAGAAGAGUAAGUGUUUAAUUGUUCAUUAAUAAAUACUAUGUGUGUCUUUGAGCAAAUCCUAUGAAUAGGGAGUUUGACUCUAGGCAUGAAAUAAGAAUCCAAAAGAAAAGUUGUAAGGUUACUCCACAACACAGUUAACUGACACCAGGGAAUCAGCACAUAAGAAAUUAAGGAAAGUGAUAGUUAUGUAAAAAGACAGAAAUAUUGGAAAUGAAGCAUUCAUUAGGUCAAAUCAAAAAUACAGUGGAAACCUUCGCAGCAAACUGGUGAGAC